AUGCAGGGUGAUAGCGAACGACGUUCAGAACGAUCUGGUGUGGUUGCCCUGGCACUGAAAGAUGAGGAACACUCUGAGUCGGUCGUCACGUGUCCUUGGAAAGAGGUGUCCGGCUCGGCUACUACUUCAUCUUCCUGGAAGCGUGGCACGUUGAAGGCAGGAAGGUGUAAAGGGAAUUUGUAA